AUGUCUGAAAUAACCUUAGGUAAAUAUUUAUUCGAAAGAUUGAGCCAAGUCAACUGUAACACCGUUUUUGGUUUGCCAGGUGACUUUAACUUGUCUCUUUUGGAUAAGCUUUAUGAAGUCAAAGGUAUGAGAUGGGCUGGUAACGCUAACGAAUUGAACGCUGCUUACGCCGCUGAUGGUUACGCUCGUAUCAAGGGUAUGUCCUGUAUCAUCACCACCUUCGGUGUUGGUGAAUUGUCUGCUUUGAAUGGUAUUGCCGGUUCUUACGCUGAACACGUCGGUGUUUUGCACGUUGUUGGUGUUCCAUCCAUCUCUUCUCAAGCUAAGCAAUUGUUGUUGCAUCAUACCUUGGGUAACGGUGACUUCACUGUUUUCCACAGAAUGUCUGCAAACAUUUCUGAAACCACUGCCAUGAUCACUGACAUUGCUAACGCUCCAGCUGAAAUUGACAGAUGCAUCAGAACCACCUACACUACUCAAAGACCAGUCUACUUAGGUUUGCCAGCUAACUUGGUUGACUUGAAUGUCCCAGCUAAGUUGUUGGAAACUCCAAUUGACUUGUCUCUAAAGCCAAACGACGCUGAAGCUGAAGCCGAAGUUGUUAGAACUGUUAUUGAAAUGAUCAAGGAUGCUAAGAACCCAGUUAUCUUGGCCGAUGCUUGUGCUUCUAGACAUGAUGUUAAGGCUGAAACCAAGAAGUUGAUCGACUUGACUCAAUUCCCAGUCUAUGUCACCCCAAUGGGUAAGGGUGCCAUUGACGAACAACAUCCAAGAUACGGUGGUGUUUACGUUGGUACCUUGUCUAGACCAGAAGUUAAGAAGGCUGUCGAAUCUGCCGAUUUGAUAUUGUCUAUCGGUGCUUUGUUGUCUGAUUUCAACACUGGUUCUUUCUCUUACUCUUACAAGACCAAGAACAUUGUUGAAUUCCACUCUGACCAUAUCAAGAUUAGAAACGCCACCUUCCCAGGUGUCCAAAUGAAAUUUGCCUUGCAAAAAUUGUUGGGUGCUAUUCCAGAAGUCGUAAAGGACUACAAACCUGUUGCUGUUCCAGCUAGAGUUCCAAUUAACAAGUCUACUCCAGCUAACACCCCAAUGAAACAAGAAUGGAUGUGGAACCAAUUGGGUAGCUUCUUGAGAGAAGGUGAUAUUGUUAUUGCUGAAACUGGUACUUCCGCUUUCGGUAUCAACCAAACUACUUUCCCAACAGACGUAUACGCUAUCGUCCAAGUCUUGUGGGGUUCCAUUGGUUUCACGGUUGGUGCUCUAUUGGGUGCUACUAUGGCCGCUGAAGAACUUGAUCCAAAGAAGAGAGUCAUUUUAUUCAUUGGUGACGGUUCUUUACAAUUGACUGUUCAAGAAAUCUCCACUAUGAUUAGAUGGGGUUUGAAGCCAUACAUUUUUGUCUUGAACAACAAUGGUUACACCAUUGAAAAAUUGAUUCACGGUCCUCAUGCCGAGUAUAAUGAAAUUCAAGGUUGGGACCACUUGGCCUUAUUGCCAACUUUCGGUGCCAGAAACUACGAAACUCACAGAAUUGCUACCACUGGUGAAUGGGACAAGUUGACUCAAGACAAGGACUUCCAAGACAACUCUAAAAUCAGAAUGAUUGAAGUUAUGUUGCCAGUCUUCGAUGCUCCACAAAACUUGGUUAAGCAAGCUCAAUUGACUGCCGCUACGAACGCUAAACAAUAA